AUGGGAGGAGUGAGAUGUGCUGCAAAAGGCUGCAAAAAUUGUAUGAAAAAUGAUAACCAUUAUAUGUAUCAUCGCUUUCCUUCUAUGAAAGACCGGUGUAUUGAAUGGCUUAAGGCAUGUGGACGACAUGACCUCCUAAAUACACCAGUUGAAUCUAUUUACAGAAAUUUUAGGAUUUGCAGUGUUCAUUUUGAACCCAAAAUGUACAGUAAUCCUGAAAAAACACUCCUCUUGCCGCAAGCGAUGCCAACUUUGUGGUGA